AUUACAUGUCCAAAUAAUCAAGAUAGAACAAAUGAAGGCCGUAGACGUAGAGCUUUAGAUGGGCGUUCAAGAGGAUCCCGGGCCAGUUGAUCUAUUAGUUCUAUCAGACCAGGAUAGGCAUCGGUCGAGCUACGUGCGAUCAAAGGGGUACACGCCAGUUCAGUUUACGGAGCAUGGCCGUAAACUGAACACAUGGAUAGUCGAGCAUCCGGGAGUGAUAGAGCACUUACGACAUGCUGGCUUUUCUACGUCUCCCGCCUCAGACGAGUACAGUUAGAUCAGGCUCUGUUAGGGGCGUUGAUAGAGCGAUGGAGGCGCGAGACGCAGACAUUCCACCUACGUCACGGAGAGAUGACGGUUACGCUACAUGACGUGGCCAUUAUAGCUGGACUACGAGUGGAUGGGGAGCCUGUUACAGGACAUGUUUCAUUUGAUUUGUUGCAUACAUGUGAGCUCCUUCUUGGGAUACAGCCAGACGAUGUCGUCGCCGGCCAGAUCCGCUUGGAGUGGUUGUUUCAGCAUUUCCGGCAUAUUCCUUUGGAUGCUCCGGCGGCCGUGGUUGCAGCAUCUGCACGAGCAUACAUUUUAUUUCAAAUUGGAUGCAGUUUGUUUCCUAACCCCACUGGAUAUCGUGUUCACCUCAAGUGGCUACCGCUACUUGAGGAUUUUGACUUCUGCGGAGGCCUAGCUUGGGGCGCAGCUACCUUGGCCCAUCUCUAUCGGGCAUUAGGGAAUGCCUCUAUGAAAGGAAAGGCCGAGUGUUGUGCUUUUGGUACUCUACUACAGAUAUGGGCAUGGGACCAUAUACAUAUUGGACGUCCCGAUCGAGUUGGAGCUCCACCGGAUCUGCAUGAUUGUCCAUUGGGUUGUCGGUGGAACAUGGGAUUGCGAUUUCGUGGAAAUGUCAGGGCGACCGAUAUUGAGUUUUAUCGCGAUGAGCUAGAUCAGCAAAGAGAGUCACAAGUUACAUGGAUGCCCUAUACGGAGGAUGUUUUGAUCGGUCUUCCUGCAUUUUGUCUUGAGGGCUCAGCAAUCUGGCGUUCGAGAACUAGUUUGAUAUGCUAUCAUAUUGUCGAGCUACAUUUACCUGAUAGAGUUCUGCGUCAGUUUGGAUUGCUGCAGCAUAUACCGGAUCCUGUAGAAGCUAUACAGAGGAUCACCUCGCAGGGUAGAUCAGGCGAGGACUGGGCAGCAUUUCAUGCUCCAUAUAUUCAGCGUUGGGCAGAUCGUCUUGAGCAUAUUGCGGAGCAGAGUCCUUUCGUCGAUCCAGAUCCGAUACGAGCUACCUCUGUAUACAUGCAGUGGUAUUGGGGGAUCACACGGAGGUGGAUUUCUCGUCCUGUACAGCGGCCUCCACUUACUUUUCUGCCGCGUGGGAAUGUCGAGCGACGAUUGCGGUAUCGGUCAUUUGAUGGAUGA